AUGGAUUACGAGAACCGCAUCAAAGCCUACCGGUUCGUCGCCUACUCGACGGUGGCCUUCUCGGUCAUCUCCGUCGUUACGGUCUGCUUCACUCUGCCCAUGUUGCACAACUACGUGCAACGCGUCAGCGACAGCAUGGACAGAGAGCUUGCCAUGUGCAAGGUGAGUAUCAAGUUUUGUUUGUAUUACCCUUCGUACUGUACUAAAUUUACCGUACUUUCUUCUCUACAUAACCUUAAGUUAUCAUACUUAUCGCUAUAACUCCAAAUUACCAUUCCCUCCCUCUAUAUAGUCUUAUAUUACCAUACCCCUUCCUCCAUAUAUCUUUAUAUUAACAUACCCACCCUUCCAGGGCUCCGCCAGUGACAUCUGGUCCGAAGUCAACCACCUGAAGCAGAUUCCAUUCGCCGGAAACCGUACCGCCCGUCAAGCCGGCUACGGCGACAGUGGUGUUGGAGGUGGGGCUGCCGCCGCCGGCUCCUGCGAAGCUUGCUGCUCCGGCGGUGAGGCCGGCCCACCCGGUCCACCAGGAAACCCAGGACGCCCAGGUAACCCAGGUGCUCCAGGUACCCCCGGACAACCAGGCCGUCCAUCCACCCAACCAUGCGAACCCGUCACCCCACCACCAUGCAAGCCCUGCCCAGGCGGUCCACCCGGCCCACCAGGACCACCAGGACCAGCCGGAGACAAGGGACCAGACGGACAACCAGGCCAAUCCGGCGGCAACCCAAUCCCAGGCCCACCCGGACCAAAGGGACCACCAGGCCCACCCGGACCACCAGGAAACCCAGGACAAGCCGGUCAGCCAGGUCAACCCGCCCAAUCCCAAGAUGCCGGACCAGGAGCUCCAGGACCAGCCGGAGACGCCGGACCACCAGGACCACCAGGCCCACCAGGACAGCCAGGACAGCCAGGAGGCCCAGGACAACCAGGACCAAAGGGACCACCCGGUCAACCAGGAUCCCCAGGAAACGACGGUCAGCCCGGUCAGCCAGGUCAAGCCGGUCCACCAGGCGGUCCAGGAGAGAAGGGUAUCUGUCCAAAAUACUGCGCCAUCGACGGUGGAGUCUUCUUCGAAGAUGGAACCAGACGUCGUUAA